AUGCGUCUUCUACUGCUGAUAGGCCUAGUAAUCGGAGGCUUUGUUAAUGCUCAAGACAACCAGUUCAACAAUGAUCCUUCCAUUCCUAGUUUGGAUCAGUAAGUUUGAAAUUUUAAUUUUUUUUUCAAUUUUUUAAAAUUAAAAUUUUUAAAUUUCAAAAUAUUUUAAUUAAAAUUUCUGUAUUUUAGAACCGUUAGCCAAGAACAAGACCUCCCCCCAUCGCCAGAAUCCACCCAAGCCCAGUUUGAACCGGACGGAUCUCCAGUUGUAGCUCCAGCCGAUCCUUCCGCUUCUCCUGACCUACCGUCAAUGCCUUCUGAAGUCGUCGAACAUCUUUCUGACUCUCAGCCUGAAGAAAAUGUUAGUGAGGUUAAGCAAGAGCCAGUUGGAGAGCUACCGGUCGAUAUUAUUAAGCAACAUGAUGACGAUGAGGCUGAGAAGAAGGCUAUGGAUGCUGAAGCUGAAGCCAAGCCUAUGGAAUCAGAAGCUGAAGCUAAGUCAACGGAUUCAGAAUCCGAAAAAAAGGCUUCAAACGAAGAUCCCUUCUUGAAAAGCAUGGAAGCUUCGUCCACUGUAUCCAUUCCAGUAGUAGACGAAAGCCAAGCUACAGAAAAGCCAGAAGAAACUUCUGAAGCCGAAAAAGUCACCGAAUCUCCAGAAUCCGAAGAUAAAAUAAAAUCUGAAGCUACUGAAGCUUCUGAUGACAAAAUGGCUUCUGAAUCCACUACAAAAACCGCUUCCGAACCUGACGGUGAAGAAAAAACUGAAAUGAAGGAUUCUGAAACUCAAAAAGAAGAUACUGAAGCUAAAGAUGCCACUGAAGCUCCACAAAAAGAUUCUGAAUCUCCCAAGCCUGAAUCUGAAUCUCCUAAGCCAGAUGUUGACGUUGAACCGAAACAAGAUUCAGAAGCUGAGACGUCUGCUGCCACUGAAGCCCCAAAAGAAUCCUCAGACUCCGUUCCAGAACAAAUGCAAGCUUCUGAAGCCACCGAAAAGCCAGAAGACUUGACACCAGAAAUUGAGUCUACUACAACAUUCGUGGUCCCAGUCGUGUCUGAAGAGCAUAUGGAAGAGCAAACAGAAAAGGCGGCCACUUCAGACAAGCCAGCUGAUCAGGCUGACAUUGUCGAGUCCAGCUCACCAGCCCAAGACCAAUCAGAGCUCCAAAGCCAGCCAGAAUCCCAAAGCCAACCAGAAUCCGAAAACCGUGAUGAUUCUUCUACUCCUUCGUCUAGCCAAAUCUCGGCCGAGCCUGACGCUGCAGCUUCUGAGAAGGCGCCUGAAGCCACGCCAGAACCAACAGUCCAAAGCACCACCGACGAGGAGAGUGUGAUCGCCGGCGACAAGACUGUGUUCAUGCCAGAGAACAUGGCCGACCAGUUGGAACCAACCCCGGAACCGGUCCCCGAAGAGAAACAGAACCCAGCCGCAGCUGAGUUGGAAAAGGAAGAAAAAGAAGAUGAGAAUAAGGCUGAACCAACCGCUGAGCCAGCUCCAGAGCCCACAGCAGAGCCAGCAGCUGAACCCACUGCUGAACCAACAGCUGAGCCAGAACCAAAAGCUGAACCGACCGCGGAACCAACGCCCGAGCCAACAGCUGAAUCUACCCCAGAACCUGAACCAAAGGCCGAACCUAGCCCAGAACUCAUCGUUGAAUCAGAAUCGGAACCAAAGGCCGAGCCAAGCCCUGAACCAACUGCUGAACUCACUCCCGAACCAACUCCCGAACCUACGCCAGAAUCGACAGCUGAAUCAACUCCCGAGCCAGAACCUAAAGCUGAUCCCAGCCCAGAGCCAGCUGCUGAACCCACACCUGAACCAACUGCUGAGCCAACACCAGAACCAGAACCAGCUGCCGAGCCAACGCCAGAGCCAGAACCUAAAGCUGAGCCUAGCUCAGAACCCGAGCCCGAACCCAAAGCCGAGCCCAGCCCUGAGCCAGAACCUGAACCAUCAGCUGAGCCAACACUAGAGCCCGAGCCAGAACCUAAGGCCGAGCCUAGCCCAGAGCCAGAGCCAAAAGCUGAGCCCAGCCCAGAGCCAGAGCCAGCUGCCGAGCCAACACCAGAACCAGAGCCAACUCACGUUCACAACCAUGCCCAUCACGACGAACCAAGCGGUAAUGAAGUCAAGACUCCCUUCAGUCUACGCUUCACCAAUAUUGAUUUCUCGCCAGAGUUCAAUGACAAGUCUUCUGGACUGUUCAAGAAGCUACACGAUCAGAUCAACGAUGACGUAAGUUGACAUAGACCUGGUUUACCUCAACUUACCCUACCCUACCCUACUCUAAUAAUUUACUUUACCUCGUCUUACCGUAACUUGCACUGUCCUGUCUUACCGUAACCCACAUUGCGCUACCUUACCGCAGCCCACACUGCCUUAUCUUACCGUUGCCAUCCUACCUUACACUUAAGCUCAACUAUAACAAUAUUUUUAGUUAUCCAACGUAUUCCUGGACACAUUUGGCGACAACUUUGUCAGUUAUGACAUUAACUCGGUCCGCAAAGGCUCAGUAAUCAUUGAUGGUAAAGUGGUCACCAAAGAUCAACUAGGUGAUCCGGCCAUUAUUGCUGCUAGAUUGGAAGAUACGAUUGUACAAAGAAAUGCCAAGAUUGGUGGUAACGAUGUUGACAUCACAGCUGUGUCCAUCGACGGAGUAAUGAGUAAAGGUUCAGCUAGUGCUAAGGAGAGUGCAUCUUCAGCCAAUACCGGGUAUCUGGUUGGAGGAUCGAUCGCUAUUGGACUACUGAUACUGGUGUUUGUCAUCUUCGCUGUUGUCAUCUUUGGAGUAGGUUUUUCUUGCAGUUUUACGAUGGUAUCACAGGUAUAAAACAAAACUGAAAGUAUAAAAAAAAUGAUUUUGAAUAACAAAUUGGACUCAAAACUUCAUAUUUUAGGUCAACAAGAGCCGUCGACGACAAACCCUGAAGCUGAAAGAAGAACUAAGCAUGGCCGAAGGUGGUCGUAGUCCUUAUAAAUCAAAUGGCAAUGGAAUGUAAGUUAAUAUUAUACAAGACUAGGAAAUAUAAAGGUCUUUUGUUACCUAAACACCCCAAAAAAAACAUUUUUUUACUUUCAGUACCACCAACAAUGGCAACUCGCCAAUGCUGUUGAGCAGUUCGCAGUUCUCAUCGCCUCCGGCCGUUCAAAGUCCACAACGGAUUUAA